AUAUAAUUGGAUAGACUUACUCUAUUCUUCACUUAUUUUCAUAACCAUACACAUAAAGAGACGUCAAAAAAAGGAUAAUUUUGCGUUAGUUUCUGUUAAUUUCAGAAAUGCGAUAUGGCCAAUGACGACCUCGAUCAUAGGCUACAUCAUAGGCUACAUCAUAGGCUACAUCAUAGGCUACAUCAUAGGCUACAUCAUAGGCUACAUCAUAGGCUACAUCAUAGGCUAUCCUGUCCAUUGGUCUUUUUUUUUUUUGUUUCUGACACCAACGCCCUUGUUUUCGUAGAAACGGCUUCUUCAAAGUGCUUGUCUAUUACGACAUUUAUCCAAGCAUUUAUGAGAAUGUCCAACAAUUCCUUUAAAAUCACUUAGUUUCAAACUAUUAGAAGCUUCACUGAUCCGAG